UGUACACAAUUUAAUCUAGAAGCAUCAAGAGAAAGGAAAGGAAUGUUGGAAUGUUGUAGGCAAUAUUAUGAAAUCAAUUUCGCCUCGCAGGAUCUUCGAAACAUAAAUUUAAACAGACCGGCAGCAACUAAUAAAAGUAUUUCUACGUCCUUCGAAACUGUGUCCAUAGCAUGAAAAUGGAGACUGCUGAGUUUAUCAGGGGUAAAACCAUUCUCCUCGUUGGCGCGACGGGCUUUCUGGGCAAAGUUUUUCUAGAGAAAAUCCUGCGAGUGCAACCAGAUGUGAGAUGUAUUUUUACACUCAUAAGGUCUACAAAUGUGGAGUCCGCUCAAGCCAAACUCCAAAGCCAGGUUAUAUCAAAACAGUUGUUUGGGCUUCUUCAAGGGCGUUACAAGGAAAGCUAUGAAGAAUUCAUGGCAAGAAAGAUUGUUCCUGUUGUUGGAGACGUGGCACUUGACGAUCUCGGUAUCGAGGAAAGUUUAAGGGACGAACUCUGUGCAAUAAUCGAUAUUGUUGUCAAUUCUGCUGCCACCACGGACUUUAAUGAGAGGUACGAUAUUGCCAUGAAAGUGAAUGCAUUGGGAUGUAAGAAUGUUACCAACUUUUGUAAACGUUGCUGCAACCUUCAACUUCUGUGCCACAUUUCUACAGCUUAUGUCAAUGUUGGCAGCGUGGGCAUGGUGAGAGAAGAAGUCGUAAGGAUGGGAGAAAGGGUUUCGUACAGCGGUGGAGAAAUAUCAGUCCCUGAGAUAGAGUCCGAAUGCAAUUUAAUAGACAAGACCAUGGAAGAGUUCAAGAUUGUUUUAGGUGAAGCAUGGUCAUACGAAAAGGAGUCCAAAUAUAUGAAGGAAUUUGGGGCACAAAGGGCGAUGAACUUUGGUUGGCCAAAUGCAUAUGUUUUCACAAAAGCAGUUGGAGAGUUGAUGGUGGAUUAUUUGAGGGAAGAUAUACCAACUGUUAUCAUUCGUCCAAUAAUAAUCGAGUGUAGCCUAAAAGAGCCAUUUCCGGGAUGGAUCGAAGGUAACAGGAUGAUUGACCCUGUGGUGAUUGGAUAUGGAAAGGGGCGAAUCUCAUUCUUCCUGGCUGAUCCCCACCUAGUUGUGGAUGUAAUUCCAGUGGACAUAGUAGUUAAUUGCAUGAUAACAUCAAUAGUGAGGAACGCUUCACAGCAACGUCUAUGUGUCUAUCAUGUAGCUUCCUCAAAUGUUAACCCAUUAAAAUACAGUGUGAUUGUUGAUGCUAUUUAUGACUACUUUUCAGCACAUCCAUGCACAAUAUCUAAGAAUGGGAGGAUCGUGAGAGUGAAGAAAUUACGGUCUCUACAAAGCAUGGCCACCUUCAAAUUAUAUAUGACUCUCUAUUACCGAAUCCCUCUCCUGAUACUCUACAUUGUGGAUAAGCUUCUGUUGGGCUACUUUAGGCUGGAGCCGCUCUACACUCUUUUGCUUGAGAAGUACAAAUUUGCAUUGAAGCUCGCUCAAAUCUACGAACCCUUUCUUUUCUUCAAGGGAGCGUUUGACAUCUCACAUAUGGAAGAUCUGUGGAACGAAAUGUCAGAGAGAGAUCAGGAGAAUUUCAAGUUUGAUAUUAAGAGCAUAGACUGGAAACACUAUUUCAUCAACUGUCAUAUUCCUGGACUUGCAAAAUAUGUUAUGAGAGGAUGAAAAUAUGACUUUUCCUUUCUAUUAAUAUGCUAAUAUGCUAUGGCAUCUUAAUAAAUACAAUAUUUUAAUAAGUUGUAAUGUUAAGAUAUUUAAUGUUUAUUAUGUAUAAGUUAAAU